CCCGCUGGGCCCCGGCUUUGGUCGAUCUACUGGGGAGGCCCGCCGCGCCCCCUCGGCCCGCGCGCCCGGGGCCACAGCGGAAGAGGCGCCCGCGCAAAGCUACCCGGAGGGGCCGUCGCGCGCCCGCUUCCUGUUCGGCUGGUUCCAGCCAGCUCGGGAACAAAACACGCGUGCGCGCGGCGGGCGAGCGCGCUCGCAGCCUCAGCCCCCAGCGCCAGGCGCAAUCCGCCUUUUUCCGGAGCAGCCCGGCCGCGGUGCUAGCCGGUAGCAGCGGCCGCCGUAGCGGCUCCGCACUAGCGAACCGAGGGCAGAAAAAGGCGGGGUUGACGGCUCUUUGGUAGGAGUAGGCUGGACCGGACGCCAGAGACAAAGGCUCCCAAGGCAAGAGGGACGGUGGCCCUGCGUCGGCGUUGCUCGGGACUGCUGACCCCAGGACUUUACGCCCCUUCGUUUCUCUUCUGAUUCUUCUCUCAUCCCAAGCCUGCGUCCUCUCACGCGUGGCCUCGCUCCUCGCCGGGAGGGCCGCGAUGGAGGUCCCGCCCCGGCUUUCCCAUGUGCCGCCGCCAUUGUUCCCCUCCGCUCCCGCUACUUUAGCCUCCCGCAACCUCUCCCAUUGGCGGCCGCGGGCGCCGCGGCAGCUCGCCCCGCUCCUCCCUUCGCUCGCUGCCAGCUCCGCCCGGCAGGCGGCGCGCCGGGCCCAGCGCCACGUCACCGCCCAGCAGCCCUCCCGAUUGGCGGGCGGGGCGGCUAUAAAGGGAGGGCGCAGGCGGCGCCCGGAUCUCUUCCGCCGCCAUUUUAAAUCCAGCUCCAUACAACGCUCCGCCGCCGCUGCUGCCGCGACCCGGACUGCGCGCCAGCACCCCCCUGCCGACAGCUCCGCCACUAUGGAGGACAUGAACGAGUACAGCAACAUAGAGGAAUUCGCAGAGGGAUCCAAGAUAAAUGCGAGCAAAAAUCAGCAGGAUGACGGUAAAAUGUUUAUUGGAGGCUUGAGCUGGGAUACAAGCAAAAAAGAUCUGACUGAAUAUUUGUCUCGAUUUGGGGAAGUUGUAGACUGCACAAUUAAAACAGAUCCAGUCACUGGGAGAUCAAGAGGAUUUGGAUUUGUGCUUUUCAAAGAUGCUGCUAGUGUUGAUAAGGUUUUGGAACUGAAAGAACACAAACUGGAUGGUAAAUUGAUAGAUCCCAAAAGGGCCAAAGCUUUAAAAGGGAAGGAACCUCCCAAAAAGGUCUUUGUGGGUGGAUUGAGCCCGGAUACUUCUGAAGAACAAAUUAAAGAAUAUUUUGGAGCCUUUGGAGAGAUUGAAAACAUUGAACUUCCCAUGGAUACAAAAACAAAUGAAAGAAGAGGAUUUUGUUUUAUCACAUAUACCGAUGAAGAGCCAGUAAAGAAAUUGUUAGAAAGCAGAUACCAUCAAAUUGGUUCUGGGAAGUGUGAAAUCAAAGUUGCACAACCCAAAGAGGUAUAUAGGCAGCAACAGCAACAACAAAAAGGUGGAAGAGGUGCUGCAGCUGGUGGACGAGGUGGUACGAGGGGUCGUGGCCGAGGUCAGGGCCAAAACUGGAACCAAGGAUUUAAUAACUAUUAUGAUCAAGGAUAUGGAAAUUACAAUAGUGCCUAUGGUGGUGAUCAAAACUAUAGUGGCUAUGGCGGAUAUGAUUAUACUGGGUAUAACUAUGGGAACUAUGGAUAUGGACAGGGAUAUGCAGACUACAGUGGCCAACAGAGCACUUAUGGCAAGGCAUCUCGAGGGGGUGGCAAUCACCAAAACAAUUACCAGCCAUACUAAAGGAGAACAUUGGAGAAAACAGGUGUGUAUAAGAGUACAGGAAAACAGUAGAAAUGUCUAAUUUAAUUUAAAGAUCAAUAGACAAAUGAAACGUAAAAACAAAAUAUAAUGUAGCCUGUUUUUACUAAAUUGUUGAUUUUUGUAAUUGCUUUAUGAGCCUGUUUUGCCUAAAGUGUCUAUAGAUCUUUAACUUUAAAGUCUUAUCUCACUUUCUUUAGUAUUGCAGAAAAACUUAAGAGUUUUUCUGUUUGCUUUUGUGUACCAGGUGGUCUAGAGGAAUAAUUAAACAUUUUAGAACUAUUAACAGGUAAAGUACUGAAAUGGGUACAACUUAAGGAAAACAAGAAUGUUGUCUUCUAACUCUGACAUUAUACCUUGUUUGUACCCGCCAGCGGGAACUUCAUUGCAGGCCGUGUGUCACCCUGACCACGUCUAUCUCUGGGGGUCGCACGUUGCGGGCAGAGCGCAAGGCAUACACCAGAAAACGCUGUCCUGUGGUAUGGUCUCUUCCAACUUCAUGUACCAGCGUAAAGAUUAAAGUGGAAAACUUCAGACUUUGGCUUCUUUUUUAAUCUUUUUGGAGAUUAAGUGUCUAAACUUAACUUAAAUGGUUUUUUACAGGAGUUAAAGUACAUAAAUGCCUUUUUACAGCUUAAUCAUUUUGGUCUUCUGUUUAGUGUUGUAUUUCAAUUGUGGAGCCUCAUUUUAAGUGUUCAUUCUUUUAAGAUUUAAUGCUUGCUUUUUCUUUUUAUAGCUAAUAGUGAAAUCUACAAACCAAAACAAGAACUUUUAAAUCUGGGAUAUAAAUUAAAGAUCAUAUGCACAAAUCAAUUUAUGUUCUUGUAAUAAGCUUAUUAGAAAUUGGUGUUAUAAUGGCAUUUUGCUUGGGUUACUAGAGGUGCUUCUAGUAGACCUUAACCUAGCAUAGUUGAACAUUUGAAUAUGGGAAGAUUGUAUUCCCAGAUUCUUAACUUUAAUAGAUUUGAAGUUAAUAUCAUUUGGGAACUCCAGGGUGAGUUUAUUAACUACCCAGACUGUAUUUUGCUAAUAAAUAUGCAUAUGAUCUUUAAUUAUUGAAGAAAAGAAUAAAGUGAGGACUUAAAACAAUUCAUGAAAGUGGACCUUUAAAAGCUUGUCAGAGUUGCACAAAUCUAAUUGUUAUUUUGUUUUUGUUUUUAGGAGGCGUUGUUAAAGUAACCCAUCUUGCAGGACGACAUUGAAGAUUGGUCUUCUGUUGAUCUAAGAUGAUUAUUUUGUAAAAGACUUUCUAGUGUACAAGACACAAUUGUGUCCAACUGUAUAUAGCUGCCAAUUAGUUUUCUUUGUUUUUACUUUGUCCUUUGCUAUUUGUGUUAUGACUCAAUGUGGAUUUGUUUAUACACAUUUUAUUUGUAUGAUUUCAUGUUAAACUUCAAAUAAAUGCUUCCUUAUGUGA